AGAGCAGUCUUUCGAAAUCUGGGCUACCAUUAGGUAUAUUGCUCAGGCUUUUCAUGGGUUUUUAGUGUUCUACCGUCAUUUAACACCUUAUAUUUUCGUCUGUGUCGAAAUUUCAAAACUGUUUUUAUCUUGAGUGCGUUUUCUAAGAAAUCUGGUAUAUCAGGGGCAUUACAUCUAGCAGAUUUUGAAAUUUCAUAAGGUUUGUAUACAGACAUGAGUUGCAUUCCAGCCAUGAGCUUGUGGUUUUGAGAUUUUUAUAACUUAAAUUGUUUGCUGAUCGAUAAAAUGUUAAUAUUUUCCUCAUAACAUACAUCAUUCUUCAGUCAUUAACUGUAAAUAACUAGCGAUGACCUGCCGUUCACUUUUAGUAAAUUUAGCGUUUGUACCUAGUAUCCAAUAAUUAUAAUCUCGAAUGUUAGUAGAUUGAUUGAUAUUCUUGGUGCUGAUGUUUUGAAGGACGGUGACAGCCUCAAUCACAUCUGAAAUGACAAAACUAUCUUUUACCAGGACACAAAAUUUCACGAGCCUAGAACAAGUUAGUCAGUUGACUAUCGACUUUCCCAUUGAACCAUGAACCAGUAGAAUUCACUACUUCAGUACGUGAUUGGAGCUCCAUCUGUCGACUCUUACCCCGGUUAACACAGGCCAUCAAGCCUUCUAUUCUUUCCAAACUAGAAAUUAAACGAGCUUUUUAUUAUAUACCUCCUAAGUCUCAUGUGUUUUGAACUCAGUUCUUAUUUUCCUUUUUUAUGGAUUUAUUGAACACUAUCGUUCAUAUUCCAGUCCCCUUAGUAUUCUGUCGUGAUAUCAUUGUAUCUGAUCAAACGGAAGUGAUUGUUUUGUUUUUCUCCUUGAUUAACAAUGUUGGAGUGUGCAGCACCUGGAGUUGAGGAUGCUAACGUAUGGGGUCUCAUAAGUUUAAAGAAAGGUGAUAAAAAAGCCCAAAGGAAAAUUCUAAAUGAGUUCCACAGACACAACAAGGUGUUGAAUGAAACUGAUGAGAUUCAGGAUGCAAGACAAGCCAGAAGGAUAGCUUUCAGAGGAGUUAAACGUCAGCUUAAUCUCUGGAAAGGCCCAGUACAUAAAAAUCGUCUUGCAGAACAAAUCGUUUUUCCAAUAAAUGACAGAGAAAUCGUUAUGUCAGCCUCCCAAGAGGCUGCAAAAAUGAAAGAGCAAGUUUAUGUCAAGGAUACCAUAAAAGAUUCGACAAAUUUACAGGGGAAAUUAUAUAAUGCACUGUAUAGAGAUAUGGACACAAGGUUAGUCUUUUUUCAUGUUGUUAGUUCUUAGUACACCUCAGGAAGAAAUUCCAGAAAAGGCAGCAAAGAUGGUUUCCAAGAUGCUACUGGAAAAAAUCGCUAUGCGUGACAGAGAACGUUUCUUACUUGCUCGAGCUGCUGCUCGUAACAAGCGUCAAAAUAAAAUUAAAAGCAAGCGAUUUCAUCGUCACUUGAAGGCACGUACUAUGAAGGAAUAUGAAAAAGAAACGGAGUCAUUGCGGAUCAAUAAUCCUCGGAAAUUUGCUGAACGUCUUCUCAGUGCCGAAUUAAGUAGAGUCAGAGAAAGAGCCAGUCUGAAACAUAGAGGUGGUAGCAAGUUUGCAAAAUUACAGAAGUUGAGAGCAAAGUAUGACUCUGAGGCUAGAGCAGCUGUAGCAGACAUGCACGAGUUAUCUAGGGAGACCACAAGAAGGACUGAUCCCGACCUUCUAUCUGAUACUGAUGAAUCUGAUGUAUCUUUAUCAUCUGAAUCUGAGGGGGAAUCAGACGGGUCUGAUUUUAAUUUAGACGAUGAUGCCGACGAGGAAGUUAAUGGAGUUACUCAAACCCUCGGCUGGUGGAAAAAGGGCUCAACCAAGAACAAAUCGAAGACUGAACAUCAGACAACUGUUGGAGCUGUGCUUUCCACUCAGGCAGCUGAAGAAGUACUAGAAAAAUAUGAAGUCAAUCAGAUGAUUUUAAGUGAACCAGUAGUGUGCAAUACUAGUGUGGCUGCAGAACCAGAUGUAGUUGAUCCCAAUUCAGAGGGGUUUUUCCAUGCACUUCAAGAAAGCUUUGCAAAUGAUCCUGCAUUACAACAGAAGUUUUCCGCAGAGAAAUCUGAAACUGUACAAGAUGAGGCGCCUCAAGAUAUUGAUACAUUUCUGCCUGGAUGGAAUUCCUGGACAGGUCCAGGAACUGAAAAGGCUGAUGAAAGAAAGCGGAGAUCCAGAAUUAUACCUGCUCCUAGAGUAAAACGUGAAGAUGACAAAAAACCUCACGUAAUCAUCAAACGGCGUGUAAACCAAGAUUUCAAGCAACACUUGGUAAAAACUAUUCCGUUCCCUUACAACACACCAGAACAAUUUGAAGCUUUUAUCUCUCAGCCUAUUUGUAGAGAAUGGACAACAGAACUUACACAUCGUGAGCUAACAAGGCCCAAAGUUACAGUUCAGUCAGGUCGUAUUAUCAGACCAAUAUCAAAGUCUGCAGCCUUACUACGUGAUAAAGAUAUAGAGCGUUUUGUUAAACAAAACAAAAACUCCUAGUAUCAUGUACAUUACUUAUCUUUUUAUGAGUUAUCAAUAUCUACAUUGUAAUAUGAAAUAUAACAUUCGUAGAUUGUUCA